UUUAAUUUACAUACAUACAUACAUUGUUUCAUCUUUUGAAUUGACAGCCAGGAAGGGUAUAUCAUUAUUAUAGUACUAUUUGUUAAUUGGCAGCAAGGAGCUGUAUCAUUAUUGGAAGUUUAGUCAAGUUGGUAGACACAUCAUAUGACUUCAGUCACGCAGUCCAGUGUUGAGUGAAAUAUGUUCUCACAAUAUUUCGAUUUCGAUUAUGAUGAUGAAUCAUAUAGCCUACUUAAAGAUAGCAUGCCUCUAAAACUUAAAGUGGACUGAUGGUAGCCUAAAUGGCCUACUAGUGAUUUGCCUCAUUUGUUUCUUUAAUUUAGUUAGAAAAUGUUCCUCAGAGCGCUUAUCGUUGAUCAAUAUCUGGUCGGCGUGUUCCGGUUAGUCGAGUACCUCGGUUCACUUCCUGGGGUUGUCAGCUCGAAAAACAUAUUUUAUUCAACGUAGCCGCGUCCCUCGAAUAGAAAGGUCCAAGGUAUUUCUAAAGGGGGGUCAGUCCAAGAGCGGACUCACUGAAGUCGUGCGCCCUCCCUCCAUUUUUUUUAUGUUCAAGGGAACUGUGCUCUCCCAGCCCGAUUACGCUCGGCAGACAGUCGGGCGAGAAGACGCACAGCUCGUCCGCUCGCCUACCCAUUGACGUCACUUCAGUGUCACGUGCACAACAAGAGGCCAAUCCGAAGCUCUCUAUCGGAGUGCUCUGUUCCUAUACGAAGAUAGGAGAAAAGACAGAAAAAGGAACCGUGCCAAUAAACCUUUAAUGACCAAAUACACGGAGAAACAGCACACGUCGCCUUUGGAUUUUUUUCGUUUUUCACCUCUGAACACGGAGUAUAUUUAUGUGUGUUAAUUGAAUUGUACUAUUUGGACUGCUAUCGGCGGAUGGUUGAGGCCAUGGCCCGGACAUAUUGAAUAGCUCGUUGGGGGGGGAGCGAGACGCGCACCGUGUAGACAAUUCAGGGGCAUUGUGUGGAUACAAACGGUGGGAUAUAUGCAUUUUCUGCGGCUAUAAACAGCAUUUUUCGUCCCGAAAAACUGCCAUAGAAGACGUUAAAUGGCGUUUCUAUGUUUAUCCUGCCGUGUCUCAUUUUCGCCCCCAUUACUCCUUCAAUAAGCGAGGUCGUGUAGCGGUAGCUCGGGUCCCCCAGCUCGAUCCGACCCUGUUCGCUUCUUGAUGUACAUUUAGGCUACCAAUUCGGGUGACGUUUUUUUACUUCCAAUUUUUACUGAUCUUAAGCACCAUGGAUUUCAACGGCAGCGGCGGAGGAAACGAACUGCACAACAACCAGUUUUAUCAGUCGGAGGAGAACAAACCUUUGCUGGGGGAGAUGUCUGCGCCCACGGCACCGGAGGGGAAUAAUAAUAACAAGUUGGGCGCAGGGUCGUGCAAAAGAACCUUGCUUAAUUGCAGCAGUGGGAUGAGAUACAAGUUGUUACAAGAAGGAGACAUUCAGGUGUGCGUGGUCAAACAUCCUCGGACAUUUCUCAGCAAAAUCCUCACCUCCAAAUUCUUAAGGAGAUGGGAGCCCCACCACUUAACUUUGACAGAGAGCAGCCUGGCGUCGGCCACGCCCACCGGCUACAUGGAGAGCGCCCUGUCCUACAGCACCAUUGAAGACCUCCAGCUACUGGCCUGGGACAACGCCCCCAAGUACUGCGUACAGCUCAGCUUCCCUGGAGGAACUGUCCUGCUGCAGGCUUCCAACAGCUACCUGAGGGACCAGUGGUUUCACUCCCUGCAGUGGAAGAAAAAGAUCUACAAGUACCGCAAGGUGCUGAACAACCCCAGUCGGUGGGACGUGGUGCUGAAGGAGAUCCGUGCGCUGGUGGACAUGGCGCUGACCUCGCCGCUGCAGGACGAGUCCAUCCACCAGGCCCCACUGCACAUCAUCUCCACCCUGCUGGCCGAGAAUACGAAACUCAGCAGUCAAGAUCAUGAAAAUAUCAUUGUGGCAAUUGCUCCUCUCCUCGAAAACAACCACCCGCCACCUGACCUGUGUGAAUUCUUCUGCAAGCACUGCCGCCAGAGGCCGCGGUCAAUGGUAGUGAUCGAGGUUUUCACCCCCGUGGUCCAGAGAAUACUCAAACACAACAUGGACUUUGGGAAGUGUCCCAGGCUGCGCCUCUUCACUCAGGAGUACAUCCUGGCUCUGAACGAGCUCAACGCUGGGAUGGAGGUGGUGAAGAAGUUUGUUCACAGCAUGCACGGGCCGACAGGACAGUGCCCGCACCCCCGUGUCCUCCCCAACCUGGUGGCCGUCUGCCUCGCCGCCAUCUACUCCUGCUACGAGGAGUUCAUCAACAGCCGGGACAACUCCCCCAGCCUGAAGGAGAUCCGGAACGGCUGCCAGCAGCAGAACGACCGCAAGCCGCCCAUGCCGCUCCGCCUGCUGCGCCCCGAGCCCCCCGCCCCGCCCCCCGCCGUCGGCCCCCUGCUCCCCCUGACCGCCGCCCACCCGGGGGGCCCUCCCCCGGAGCCCCAGCCCCCGCCGGCCCUCGCCCCGCUCUCCAACGGCAACCACGCCCCCGCCGCCGCCGCGCAGGCCCCCGUCCCCCAGGCCCCGCCCUCCGACGCGCACCCCGCCGGCCCCCCUCCCGCCGGCCCCGCCCCCCUCCCCGUCCAGAGCCCCGCCUCGCCGGCCCCCUCCGUCGUCAACUCCAGCGAGAUCCUGGUGGAGCUGGAGCGCAGCAACAACUCGGCCAACGCGCGGCAGAAGGCGGCGGGCCGCGGGGGCGGAGCCGGGGGCCGCGGGGGCGGGGGCGGGGACAGCGUGCCCAGCCUCAUCGACUGCCUGCUGGUCAGCCCCGCCCUCAGCACGCUCUCCAUCCAGCUGCCGGCGCAGGCGGACCGCGUGCUGGGCUGCUUCGCCCUCAUCCUCAAGAUGCUAUCAGACUAUGAUGACUGGCGGCCAGCUCUUGCCAGCCUUCUGCAGCCCAUUCCCUUUCCGAAAGAGGCCCUUGCACAUGCCAAAUUCACAAAGGAACUGAAAUAUGUCAUUCAGAGGUUUGCAGAAGACCCAAGGCAGGAGGUCCACUCCUGUCUCCUUAGUGUUCGCUCGGGGAAGGAUGGCUGGUUCCAGUUGUACAGCCCUGGAGGCGUUGCCUGUGACGACGAUGGGGAGCUGUUUGCUAGCAUGGUCCACAUUCUUAUGGGUUCCUGCUACAAGACCAAGAAGUUCCUGCUGUCUCUGGCUGAGAACAAGCUGGGCCCAUGCAUGCUGCUGGCCCUGAGAGGGAACCAGACGAUGGUGGAGGUACGCACACACACACACACACACACACACACACACACACACACACACACACACACACACACACACACACACACACACACACACACACACACACACACACACACACUGAGAGGGAACCAGACGAUGGUGGAGGUACGCACACACACGAGCACACACACACACACACACACACACUGAGAGGGAACCAGACGAUGGUGGAGGUACGCACACACACGAGCACACACACACACACACACCCCACACACACACACACACACACACACACACACACACACACACACACUGAGAGGGAACCAGACCAUGGUGGAGAUACGCACACACACGCGCACACACACACACGCUAAACACAUACAUACA